GGUGGGAAUCACUUUGACCAGUAUGAAGAGGGCCAGUUGGAGUUGGAGCAGGCAUCCCUGGACAAGCCCAUCGAACCGGAUAACAUCGGGCAUCGGCUGCUUCAGAAACAUGGCUGGAAGUUGGGGCAAGGCCUUGGCAAAACCAUGCAGGGACGCACUGACCCUGUGCCCAUCAUCCUUAAAUAUGAUGUCAUGGGAAUGGGACGGAUGGAGAUGGAGCUGGACUAUGCAGAAGAUGCCACAGAGAAGAGGAGAGUACUUGAAGUGGAGAAAGAAGAUACAGAAGAAUUACGGCAAAAGUAUAAGGACCAGAUGGAAAAGGAGAAGGCCAUUGCAAAGGCUCUGGAAGACCUAAGGGCCAACUUCUAUUGUGAGCUCUGUGACAAGCAGUACACCAAACACCAGGAAUUUGAUAACCACAUUAACUCUUAUGAUCAUGCUCACAAGCAGAGGCUGAAAGAACUGAAACAGAGGGAGUUUGCUCGUAACGUGUCGUCCCGGUCUCGGAAAGGUGGAAAGAAGCAAGAAAAGAUGCUGCGCCGGCUACAUGAGCUGGCUGAGCAGAGGAAGCAAGACAGACAAAACCGGACUCCUGGAAGUGGACCCAUGUUCAAACCUACCACGGUAGCUGUGGAUGGCGAGAAAUCCGAAGAUAGUGACAGCAUGGUACUUGAGAAUCCUGCUCUGACUGAUAUAAACCCGGAGGGCUCGCCUACAGAAAUAGUUGACCAGUCUUCUCCGAAGUCUGGCCCAGCUAUUAGUUUUUCUCUGGGAAAGAGCGCGUCCUCAUCCCCGACCCCCAGCAGUGCAUCCAAAGUCAGUGUGUCCUUCUCCUUUGCCAAGAAAGCCCCAGUGAAGCUGGAGACAGCAGCUGCUGUCUUCGCUGAUCACGGUGAGGAGGCUGUAGAGGAAGAGGAAAGCCAAGAGGAGGAAAAGGCUGGAGGACAAGAGGAGACAUCAGGCUGUAGCACAGACAGCCCAAAGGCAGUGUCAGGGGGAGGAGAUGGAGGUGGGUCAGCCGCAACAGAAGAGGGGCAGCAGUCUGAUGAUGGAGCCUCGCUGGCUUCCACCCUCAACAAACUGAAGAUGAUGAUGAAAAAGGAGGAAGGAUAUGCCGGACAAGAGCCUGAGUAUUACCACUACAUACCUCCAGCUCACUGUCGGGUUAAGCCACACUUUCAGUUCCUACUGUUCAUGAAGGCCUCCGAGCAGUGUCAGAGCAAAGAGGAUGAAGAUGAGGAGGAGGCUCAGGAGGAGAAAAAGGCUGAAGAAAGCCCAGAGCCGACGGAGUCCGAUGCCACAGAAUGUAAAGCUGAGAAGGAGCAAGAUAAUGAGAAGUCAACAGCUGAGUCAGAGCCAGAACCCGCCCCCCCAUCACCCAAAGUGAAGGCGGAGGAGGAAACAUCUUCCUGUGCUAUGGACACAGCCUCCACUGCAGCCGCUUCCCCCACUGAGAAAACACAGAGCACCUCAGACACGCCGGAUUUAAACACUGGUCCGAAAAUCCCCACUUGUCCCUUCUUCCCCGUCUUGAGCAAAGAUGAGAGCACCACCCUGCAGUGGCCAACGGAGCUCCUUGAAUUUACAAAAGCGCAGCCCUCCCUGUCCUACAGCUGUAACCCCCUCUACUUUGACUUCAAGUUGUCUAAACACAAAGGCCUGCGCGGUGGAAAAGCUGCAAAGUCCCCAAAGCCGACGGAGGAGAAUGAGGAGAAAGUACAAGAGCCAGCUGCCUUACCAGCCGAAGCGGACCCGGCUGCAGAACCUGGCACCAGCACCGACAAAGACAAGCCGUCGAUGAAAGGAGACCCCGACCAUUCAGAGAGCGAGGAGCAAAAUCCCGCGGCUGGCAGUGCAAAGAAGAAGAAAAAGAAGAAGAAGCACAAGAAGUCUGCAAAGCAUUCAAAACGCAAAGGGAAAGAAAAAGCUGCUGCAGAGGAUGCAGAGGGAGACGCUGAGAGAGUGCAAGAAAAGCCCAAAAAGAAGAAGAAACACAAACGGAAGAAGAGUAAGAACAAAGGUCCAGAUCACGAUGAGGCAAGCGGUGACGAAAUGGAAAAAGUUAAACCAAAGUCCGAGGACAAGGCCGUGGCCUCCUCCGUUCAGUCGUCAACUGGAGGGGCAGCGGCGUCGGCAGCAGAGCUGGGCAAAAGGAAGCGCGCCGCUAAGGACGUUCCUUCCAAGUCGGGGGCAGACGAAGGAGGAAACGGGAGAGGCAACGACAAGGCCAACCCCUCCGAGGAGUACGCCGGCGGCGGCGGCAAGAGACCGAAAACCGACUCCGGCGCGCCCCAAAGCGCCUCCUGCUCCGCCGCCGCCCAGAAGAGUCCCAGCCACGGCCGGCCGCCCAGCAGCGAGAGCGAAGAGGAGCGCGGCUCCAACACGCAGCGCUCGCGCCACCACCGCUCCAGCCCGCGGGACCAGCGCCGCCACCAUAGCGAGGAGUCGGGGCGCUCCCACAGCCGCUCGUCCCGGCGGGGGGAGCGGCGCGGCAGCAGCCGCCGGCGCCACCGCGGCCAGGCCUCCCGCAGCCGCUCCUACUCCAGCAGCUCCGACCGCUCCUCGGCCGGCAGCAGCGCCUACAGCCACCGCAGCCGCAGCUACUCGGACAGCUACAGCGACUACAGCACGGAGGGCCGGCGCCGGAGGCGCUCCAAGCGCUCCUCCGACUCUGAGUACGAGCGCAGGGGGAGCAGGGGCCGCCGGCGCUCCCGGAGGCACCAGUACUCCUCCUCCUCCUCGGAUGACUCGCGCUCGCGCUCCCGCAGCUACAGCCGCCGGAAGAGGCACCGCCGGCACCACCGGAGCAGCUCCCGCAGCUCCAGCAGCUGGAGCCGCAGCACCAGCGCCCGGUCCUGGAGGCGGAGCUACAGCCGCAGCCACAGCUCCGCCAGCCGCUCCUCCAGCUCCACCAAAGCCUCCCCCCACCGGCGGGGCGCCAGGGCCCGCGCCGACAGCGACACGCACCGCAGGGACUUCAACCGCUCCCGCAUCUACCGCUCCCAGUCCCCGCGGUCCUCAUCGUCCCGUGGCCUUAACCGCAGCACGCAUUCGUCCGGCCUGCAGGGUCUGAGGCAAGGGGGGUCCCGAGAUGCAGGGGAGCAGAAAAACUCACUUACUGCGCGCCAGCUGUUGGAGAAAAUUCAGUCCAAAAAAGAAGAUUCUGCCACGGGAGCAAAAUCUGGGAUUAAGAUUAAGGAUCCCCCACAGGGGUAUUUUGGUCCUAAAUUACCUCCAAGCCUGGGAAGCAAAGCCAUGUUGCCACUGUUUGGGAAACUGCAGGCAGGGAAGAAACCCUUGAUUCCUCUGACCAGGCCGGAUGAGGGAGAGAAAUCCGGAACCGGAAAGAAUUCUGAAGCCGAGCGAGAGGUUAUCCUGGUAGAGCCAAUAAGGGAGUUCCCUCCACCCCCUCCACCUCCGGCUCCACCUGUCCAGAAGGAUGAAGAAGCCCCACCAACCUCGGUGAACCAGGAGGAGACACCGCAGCACGCCUCUACGGAGGAGCAGGUGCUCCAGGAACCCCGGCAGUCGUUUGAACAGGAAGCCUCCAUGAUGAUGCCCCAGUAUCAGGGAGAACCGGGACAGGACCCUUCCCAGAACCCCAUGAUGGAGUCUCUCAUGCCCGAGAUGCAACAGCAGCCUCCGAUGCACGGCUACCCGGCGUACCCACCCCCCAGCCUGGAGGAGGACGGCCUGGAGGCGGAGGACGACGGGCUGGCUCCUCUGGAGAGUCAGCCCAUCACCUUCACGCCGGAGGAGAUGGAGAAGUACAGCAAACUGCAGCAGGCGGCGCAGCAGCACAUCCAGCAGCAGCUCUUGGCCAAGCAGCCGCCGCCGCCGCCAACCUGGCGCCAGCCCCCCCCCCCGCCGGCCCUGCAGCAGAUCCACAUUCAGCAGCCCACUGUGUCGGUGGCCUCCGGCACCUCCAUCACCACCGUGCAGCACGCCAUCCUGCAGCACCACGCAGCCACCGCCGCAGCAAUGGGCAUCCACCCCGCGCACGCCCACCACCCUCACCCCGCACACGCCCAGCUAGCCCAGGUACAUCACAUUCCCCAGCACCACCUCACCCCCAUCUCCCUGUCUCCGCUGGGCCACUCUCUGGGUCACUCUUUGGGACACUCACUGGGACACGCUGGACUGAUUCCCGCCCACCCGACGGCCUUCCUCUCGGGUCAGCCCAUACACAUUAUCCCUGCCUCUGCCCUCCACCACACCCCACUAACUCUCCACCAUGUCCCCCACGCGGCUCUCUACCCCACACUCUUCACACCUCGGCCCUCUCAGGCUGCAGCCGCAGCGGCUCUCCAGCUCCACCCACUCCUGCACCCGAUCUUCUCAGGACAAGACCUCCAGCAUCCACCCAACCACGGCUCCUGAGUGAGACGGGGAGUGAGGUGGGGUAUUCUAAGCAUUCAGCCACUGGUAAAGAAAGACUCCACCUCGAACUGUCUUGGUUAAAGACUAGGGGUAAAGUCUUUGUAACAACGUGGAGACAGCGAGGCAGGAAGCUUGUCAGUGAAACCAUAAGUUAAUGGACCUACGCACAGCAACAGUGUGCUGCCGCAAUGUGGUGCGGCCUGUUAGGUUCAAAGUUCAAAAUAGCAUUUUCUUUGGGUUUGUGUAUUUUGUGUUGUUUUUCUUUUUUCAGAAUUUUUAUGAUGGGUUGUAGAUUAGACAUUUUCUUUUGAGAAUGGCCCAUAUCGGGUAUUAACAGCCCGAUAAAUCACUGGAUGUUUUGUUUUGUUUUCCAUAUGUGGCUAAGUUCGGCAGCCAAAGAGGAACAAUAAUGGCUACACAAUUAAAAGUCGUGCUGAGACGGAACAAUAAGUUUUGCUCCAGAGGUUGACAGUAGGAUCAUUUCUUCAUACCUGCUCUUUAUUGGAAUUUCACUCAAAAUAAUUUGUAAUGCAGUAACUUGUACAUAUGUCAGUGUGUAAUGUGAAGACUUCCCACAAUUAUGAUCAUAUAAAAAUACAGCUGUGUCUGAACCCUAUGACACUAAUCACAUAUGAAAUCCUCUGAAGGAGGAAAAUUGUGAUGGGGGUUUAACAUCCCUAUUACUAUGACGCAAAUCCCGUGUUCCCUUCUUGAGGGUACAUGUGAAUGAAUUGCACUGAAAUCUGUACACCGAGAUGGUGCUUUUGCAUCAUGUUACAAGAUUGUAGAAUACUGCAAUAAUUGUAUUUUUUUGUUUUUAAAUUAUUUUCCAAAAUGCUCCUUAUGGGAGGAGCUGUUUGGCUUUUUGUGUAAUUUUGUAAAUAAAAGUGCUGUAGUUUAGCCCUAUUAACAUUUUAAUGGGUUGAGAAGGCUCUUGGAAAAAGCAGAUCAGUGACAACUUGGUCAGACAGAAGGUGGACGCGCAUUUUAUCAAGGUCCUUUCUAAAUCCUCCCUGGCAGCCUGGGACGGCAAAUGAGCUCUGUCAAAAAGUAGCAACUCUGUAUUUUUUAAAAACCUAACUGUUUCGGCAAAUAAAAUCUUGAGUUCUG